AUGUCUGCCAGUGACGGUCACCCCAGCACUCAGAAGCCAAACACACCUGCAUCACAAGCUAAUAAACAAGCUAAUAGUCAGCCAAGCAGUCAGAGCCUGAACACACCUGCAGCACAAGCUAAUAGUCAGCCCAAAACUAAGAGUCUGAACACACCUGCAUCACAAGCUAAUAGUCAGCAUAGCAGUCAGAGCCUGAAUACACCUGCAGCACAAGCUAAUUGCCAGCCUAGCAGUCAGAGCCUGAAUACACCUGCAGCACAAGCUAAUAGCCAGCCUAUCAGUCAGAGCCUGAACACACCUGCAGCACAAGCUAAUAGUCAGCCCAAAACUAAGAACCUGAACACACCUGGAGCACAAGCUAAUAGUCAGCCCAAAACUAAGAGCCUGAACACACCUGCAGAACAAGCUAAUAGUCAGCCUAGCAGUCAGAGCCUGAAUACACCUCACAAGCUAAUAGGCAUUCCUAGCAGUCAGAGCCUGAACACACCUGCAGCACAAGCUAAUAGUCAGCCCAAAACUAAGAGUCUGAACACACCUGCAUCACAAGCUAAUAGUCAGCAUAGCAGUCAGAGCCUGAAUACACCUGCAGCACAAGCUAAUAGUCAGCAUAGCAGUCAGAGCCUGAAUACACCUGCAGCACAAGCUAAUUGCCAGCCUAGCAGUCAGAGCCUGAAUACACCUGCAGCACAAGCUAAUAGCCAGCCUAUCAGUCAGAGCCUGAACACACCUGCAGCACAAGCUAAUAGUCAGCCCAAAACUAAGAACCUGAACACACCUGGAGCACAAGCUAAUAGUCAGCCCAAAACUAAGAGCCUGAACACACCUGCAGAACAAGCUAAUAGUCAGCCUAGCAGUCAGAGCCUGAAUACACCUCACAAGCUAAUAGGCAUUCCUAGCAGUCAGAGCCUGAACACACCUGCAGCACAAGCUAAUAGUCAGCCCAAAACUAAGAGUCUGAACACACCUGCAUCACAAGCUAAUAGUCAGCAUAGCAGUCAGAGCCUGAAUACACCUGCAGCACAAGCUAAUAGCCAGCCUAGCAGUCAGAGCCUGAAUACACCUGCAGCACAAGCUAAUAGCCAGCCUAGCAGUCAGAGCCUGAACACACCUGCAGCACAAACUAAUAGUCAGCCCAAAACUAAGAGCCUGAACACACCUGCAUCACACGCUAAUAGUCAGCCCAAAACUAAGAGCCUGAACACACCUGCAGCACAAGCUAAUAGUCAGCCUAGCAGUCAGAGCCUGAACACACCCGCAGAACAAGCUAAUAGUCAGCCUAGCAGUCAGAGCCUGAACACACCUGCAGCACAAGCUAAUUGUCAGCCUAGCAGUCAGAGCCUGAAUACACCUGCAGCACGAGCUAAUAGCCAGCCUAGCAGUCAGAGCCUGAACACACCUGCAGCACAAGCUAAUACACAAGCUAAUAGUCAGCCCAAAACUAAGAGCCUGAACACACCUGCAUCACACGCUAAUAGUCAUCUCAGAACUAAGAGCCUGAACACACCUGCAGCACAAGCUAAUAGUCAGCCCAAAACUAAGAGCCUGAACACACCUGCAUCACACGCUAAUAGUCAUCUCAGAACUAAGAGCCUGAACACACCUGCAGAACAAGCUAAUAGUCAGCCUAGCAGUCAGAGCCUGAAUACACCUGUAGCUCAAGCUAAUAGUCAUCCCAGAACUAAGAGCCUGAACACACCUGCAGAACAAGCUGAUAGUCAGCCUAGCAGUCAGAGCCUGAAUACAUCUGCAGCACAAGCUAAUAGUCAUCCCAGAACUAAGAGCCUGGACACACCUGCAGCACACGCUAAUAGUCAGCCCAAAACUAAGAGCCUGAACACACCUACAGCACAAGCUAAUAGUCAGCCUAGCAGUCAGAGCCUGAAUACACCUGCAGCACGAGCUAAUAGUCAGCCUAGCACACAAGCUAAUAGUCAGCCCAAAACUAAGAGCCUGAACACACCUGCAUCACACGCUAAUAGUCAUCUCAGAACUAAGAGCCUGAACACACCUGCAGCACAAGCUAAUAGUCAGCCCAAAACUAAGAGCCUGAACACACCUGCAUCACACGCUAAUAGUCAUCUCAGAACUAAGAGCCUGAACACACCUGCAGAACAAGCUAAUAGUCAGCCUAGCAGUCAGAGCCUGAAUACACCUGUAGCUCAAGCUAAUAGUCAUCCCAGAACUAAGAGCCUGAACACACCUGCAGAACAAGCUGAUAGUCAGCCUAGCAGUCAGAGCCUGAAUACAUCUGCAGCACAAGCUAAUAGUCAUCCCAGAACUAAGAGCCUGGACACACCUGCAGCACACGCUAAUAGUCAGCCCAAAACUAAGAGCCUGAACACACCUACAGCACAAGCUAAUAGUCAGCCUAGCAGUCAGAGCCUGAAUACACCUGCAGCACGAGCUAAUAGUCAGCCUAGCACACAAGCUAACGAUCAGCGCAGCACUCAGAGCCUGAACACACCUGCAGCACAAGCUAACAAUCAGCGCAGCACUCAGAGCCUGAACACACCUGCAGCACAAGCUAAUGAUCAGCCCAGCACUCAGAGCCUGAACACACCUGCAGCAGAAACUAAUGAUCAGCCCAGCACUCAGAGCCUGAAUACACCUUCAGCACAAGCUAACGCACAAGCUAACAAUCAGCACAGCACUCAGAGCCUGAACACACCUGCAGCACAAGCUAACGAUCAGCACAGCACUCAGAGCCUGAACACAACUGCAGCACAAGCUAACGAUCAGCGCAGCACUCAGAGCCUGAACACACCUGCAGCACAAGCUAACGAGCAGCACAGCACUCAGAGCCUGAACACACCUGCAGCACAAGCUAAUGCACAAGCUAACAAUCAGCACAGCACUCAGAGCCUGAACACACCUGCAGCACAAGCUAACGAUCAGCACAGCACUCAGACCCUGAGCACACCUGCAGCACAAGCUAACGAUCAGCGCGCACAAGCUAACGAUCAGUACAGUACUCAGAGCCUAAACACACCUGCUGCACAAAUUAAUGAUCAGCCCAGCACUCAGCUUGUGCUGCAGUUGUGUUCAGGCUCUAACGAUCAGCCCAGCACUCAGAGCCUGAAUACACCUGCAGCACAAGCUAACGGUCAUCGCAGCACUCAGAGCCUGAACACACCUGCAGCACAAUCUAACAAUCAGCAUAGCACUCAGAGCCUGAACACACCUGCAGCAGAAGCUAAUGAUCAGCCCAGCACUCAGAGCCUGAAUACACCUGCAGCACAAGCUAACGCACAAGCUAACGAUCAGCACAGCACUCAGACCCUGAAUACACCUGCAGCACAAGCUAAUGAUCAGCACAGCACUCAAAGCCUGAAUACACCUGCAGCACAAUCUAACGAUCAGCAUAGCACUCAAAGCCUGAACACAACUGCAGCACAAUCUAACGAUCAGCGCAGCACUCAGAGCCUGAAUACACCUGCAGCACAAGCUAACGAUCAGCACAGCACUCAGACCCUGAAUACACCUGCAGCACAAGCUAAUGAUCAGCACAGCACUCAAAGCCUGAAUACACCUACAGCACAAUCUAACUAUCAGCACAUCACUCAGACCCUGAAUACACCUGCAGCACAAGCUAAUGAUCAGCACAGCACUCAGAGCCUGAAUACACCUGCAGCACAAUCUAACGAUCAGCCCAGCACUCAGAGCCUGAAUACACCUGCAGCACAAGCUAACAGUCAGCACAGCACUCAGAACCUGAACACACCUACAGCACAAGCUAAUGAUCAGCACAGCACUCAGACCCUGAAUACACCUGCAGCACAAGCUAAUGAUCAGCACAGCACUCAGAACCUGAAUACACCUGAAGCACAAUCUAAUGAUCAGCCCAGCACUCAGAGCCUGAAUACACCUGCAGCAUAA